ACCUCGCGCGAGCACCACCGUGAUACUGGGCUCCGGCGGGGAGCCCCGGCUGGAAGAACCCCUCGCGGCUCUCCUCCUCCCCCUCCUGCUCGCGCGCCCCGCCCGGGAGCAGGCUGCGGAGGCGGUGGCGACGGCGUGGGCGCUGGGCACAGCGGCCGCGGACCCAAGCACCCGAGCCGGAGUGCCGGGGGCUCCGCCGGUAUGGGCAACCUGGAGAGCGCUGAGGCCGGGCCGGGAGAGCCGCCCCCCAUGCCGCUGCUGCUACCCCCAGGCAAGAUGCCGAUGCCGGAGCCGUGCGAGCUGGAGGAGAGGUUCACCCUAGUGCUGAGCUCUAUGAAUUUGCCUCCAGACAAGGCUCGACUCUUAAGACAGUAUGACAAUGAGAAGAAGUGGGACCUCAUCUGUGACCAGGAGCGAUUUCAGGUGAAGAAUCCCCCCCAUACUUAUAUUCAGAAAUUACAGAGCUUCCUGGACCCCAGCGUGACUCGGAAGAAGUUCAGGAGGAGAGUCCAAGAGUCGACCAAAGUGCUGAGGGAGCUAGAGAUCUCUCUUCGGACUAAUUACAUUGGGUGGGUCCGAGAGUUUCUGAGUGAUGAGAACAAGGGGCUGGACGUGCUGGUCGAUUACCUGUCUUUUGCACAAUGUUCUGUCAUGUUUGAUUUUGAGGGUCUGGAAAGCAGUGAUGAAGGCGCUUUUGAGAAGCUGCGGUCCUGGAGCAGGUCCAUCGAGGAUCUGCAGCAGCAGCCCAGUGCCCUGUCAGCUCCUUUUGCCAAUAGCCUCGCUCGCUCUGCGCGCCAGUCUGUGCUACGGUACAGCACUCUUCCUGGGAGAAGGGCCCUGAAGAACUCCCGCCUCGUGAGCCAGAAGGAUGACGUUCAUGUCUGUAUCCUCUGCCUCAGGGCUAUUAUGAACUACCAGUAUGGAUUCAACCUGGUCAUGUCCCAUCCCCAUGCUGUCAAUGAGAUUGCCCUCAGUCUCAACAACAAGAACCCCAGGACCAAAGCCCUUGUUCUGGAGCUGCUAGCCGCUGUGUGCUUGGUGAGGGGAGGCCAUGAGAUCAUCCUAGCUGCCUUCGACAACUUCAAAGAGGUGUGCAAAGAGCUCUACCGCUUUGAGAAGUUGAUGGAGUACUUCCGGAAUGAGGACAGCAACAUCGACUUCAUGGUAGCCUGCAUGCAGUUCAUCAACAUUGUGGUACAUUCAGUAGAAGAUAUGAAUUUCCGAGUCCACUUGCAGUAUGAGUUCACCAAGCUUGGCCUGGAGGAGUUCUUGCAGAAGUCAAGGCAUACAGAAAGUGAGAAGUUACAAGUGCAAAUUCAGGCAUACUUAGACAAUGUAUUUGAUGUUGGUGGACUGCUGGAGGAUGCUGAAACCAAGAAUGUGGCAUUGGAGAAGGUGGAGGAGCUGGAGGAGCAUAUUUCCCAAUUAUCCGAAAAGUUGCUGGAUCUCGAAAAUGAAAACAUGAUGCGUGUGGCGGAACUGGAAAAGCAGCUGCUCCAGAGGGAGAAGGAGCUAGAGAACAUAAAGGAGACCUACGAGAACACGAGUCAUCAGGUCCACACGCUUCGGAGGCUUAUCAAGGAGAAGGAGGAAGCCUUUCAGCACAGGUGCCAUCUAGAUCCACACCCCGGGGCCUUGGACUCGAUGGGCAGCGAUCAUGCCAAGCUGGGCCCUCCUGAGCUCAGUGAGACUCUGUGCCCAUCAGACCUCGACCCAGUGGCUCCCCCCUCAUUCCCGGAAGAGACCCUACCCCUGCCCCCGCCGCCGGCUCCACCCCUCCCGCCUCCAGCGCCCCCUCUGCCAGAAAAAUGUCCUCCCGCCCCUCCUCUCCCAGGAGCAGCUCCCUCAGUGGUCUUGACUGUGGGCCUUUCAGCUAUCCGUAUCAAGAAACCAAUCAAGACCAAGUUCCGUCUGCCUGUGUUUAACUGGACGGCGCUGAAGCCCAACCAGAUCAGUGGCACCGUCUUUAGUGAACUGGAUGAUGAGAAGAUUCUGGAAGAUCUGGACCUGGACAAGUUCGAGGAACUGUUCAAGACGAAAGCCCAGGGUCCCGCUCUCGAUCUCGUCUGCUCCAAGAGCAAAACGUCCCAGAAGGCCGCUAGCAAGGUGACCUUGCUGGAAGCCAACCGAGCCAAGAACCUGGCCAUCACCCUGCGGAAGGCGGGCCGCUCAGCCGAGGAGAUCUGCAGAGCCAUCCACACGUUUGACCUGCAGACGCUCCCAGUGGACUUUGUGGAGUGCCUGAUGCGCUUCCUGCCCACGGAGGCCGAGGUGAAGCUCUUGCGGCAAUACGAGCGGGAACGGCAGCCCCUGGAAGAGCUGGCGGCCGAGGACCGCUUCAUGUUGCUCUUUAGCAAGGUGGAGCGGCUGACGCAGCGCAUGGCCGGCAUGGCCUUCCUGGGCAACUUCCAGGACAACCUGCAGAUGCUCACACCGCAACUCAACGCCAUCAUUGCGGCUUCCGCCUCUGUCAAGUCUUCUCAGAGGCUGAAGCAGAUGCUCGAGAUCAUCCUCGCUCUGGGGAACUACAUGAACAGCAGCAAGAGGGGCGCCGUGUAUGGCUUCAAGCUGCAGAGCCUGGACCUGCUGCUGGACACCAAGUCCACGGACCGGAAGCUGACCCUGCUACAUUUCAUUGCAUUGACCGUGAAGGAGAAGUACCCGGAGCUGGCUGGCUUCUGGCACGAGCUGCACUUCGUGGAGAAGGCCGCUGCAGUAUCCUUAGAGAAUGUGUUGCUGGAUGUAAAGGAGCUGGGCCGAGGAAUGGAGCUGAUCCGGCGCGAGUGUGGCCUUCACGACAAUACUGUUCUCCGAAGCUUUCUCAGUGCCAAUGAGGGCAAGCUGGACAAGCUCCAGAGAGAUGCCAGGACAGCAGAGGAGGCUUACAAUGCAGUUGUACGUUACUUUGGUGAAAGCCCCAAGACGACUCCCCCUUCUGUAUUCUUCCCAGUAUUUGUUCGGUUUAUCCGCUCUUACAAGGAAGCAGAGCAGGAAAAUGAGGCCCGAAAAAAGCAGGAAGAAGUAAUGCGGGAGAAGAUGCUGGCUCAGGAGGCCAAGAAACUGGAUGCCAAGACCCCAUCCCAGCGGAACAAGUGGCAGCAGCAAGAAUUGAUCGCAGAGCUUCGGCGGCGUCAGGCCAAGGAGCACCGGCCUGUCUAUGAGGGCAAGGAUGGCACCAUAGAGGACAUCAUCACAGUGCUGAAGAGCGUCCCCUUCACAGCCCGCACUGCCAAGCGGGGCUCACGCUUCUUCUGUGAUGCAGCCCAUCAUGAUGAGUCAAACUGUUAGCCCCAAGGCUGGGAGCCCCUGACAGGCCUGCACCACUGGGCCUGGAGCUGUGCCCUGGCCCGAGCCCCAGGCCCCCACUGAGGCACCAAUCACGGAAAAGGAAGCACU